ACCUAGGGGCGGGGCGGGGGCGGGAACCUAAAGUCUCGGCUCCUUUCCAGUGGGUGAAUGGCUUCCCCGCCGGUCCCUUGAAGCGUUGCCUUUCGAUCCCUCCAGAUCUCUGGGGCGCGGGUCCCCAAGAUGCGCCUCCACCUGCUCCUGCUGCUCGAGCUGUGCGGUGCAGGCCCCACCGCCGCGGCGCUCAGCUUCAGCUUGCGGGGAAACUGGAGCAUCUGCAAUGGUAACGGCUCGCUCGAGCUGCCCGGGGCGGUCCCCGGCUGCGUGCACAGCGCCUUGUUCCAGCAGGGCCUGAUCCAGGAUUCUUACUACAGAUUUAAUGACCUUAACUACAGAUGGGUCUCUUUGGAUAACUGGACCUAUAGCAAAGAAUUUAAAAUCCCCUUUGAAAUUAGCAAAUGGCAAAAAGUAAAUUUGGUUCUUGAGGGAGUGGAUACAGUUUCAAAAAUCUUGUUCAAUAAAGUCACUAUUGGGGAAACAGACAAUAUGUUCAAUAGAUAUAGCUUUGAUAUUACCAGUGUGGUCAGGGACGUGAACUCCAUUGAGCUGCGUUUCCAGUCAGCGGUGUUGUAUGCAGCACGGCAGAGCAAAGCUCACACUCGCUACCGGGUACCCCCAGACUGCCCUCCACUUGUGCAGAAGGGCGAAUGCCACGUCAACUUUGUUCGGAAGGAGCAAUGUUCCUUUAGUUGGGACUGGGGACCUUCCUUUCCUACACAGGGAAUCUGGAAAGAUGUUAGAAUUGAAGCCUAUAAUAUUUGUCACCUGAACUACUUCACAUUUUCCCCAAUAUAUGAUAAGAGUGCCCAGGAGUGGAAUCUUGAAAUAGAGUCUACAUUUGAUGUUGUCAGUUCAAAGCCAGUUGAUGGUCAAGUGAUCAUAGCCAUCCCUAAAUUGGAAACACAACAGACGUACAAUAUUGAACUUCAACCUGGGAAAAGGAUUGUUGAGCUAUUUGUGAACAUUAGCAAGAAUAUUACUGUAGAAACUUGGUGGCCUCAUGGACAUGGAAACCAGACUGGGUACAACAUGACUGUUCUUUUUGAACUGGAUGGAGGCUUAAAUAUUGAAAAAUCAGCUAAGGUUUACUUUAGGACAGUGGAACUUAUAGAAGAGCCUAUAAAAGGGUCUCCUGGUUUGAGUUUCUAUUUCAAAAUUAAUGGAUUUCCCAUAUUUCUAAAAGGUUCAAACUGGAUCCCACCAGAUUCAUUCCAGGACCGAGUAACCUCUAAGUUGUUACAGCUCCUUUUGCAGUCUGUUGUGGAUGCUAACAUGAAUACUCUUCGGGUUUGGGGAGGAGGAAUUUAUGAGCAGGAUGAAUUCUAUGAACUCUGUGAUGAACUAGGAAUAAUGGUGUGGCAGGAUUUUAUGUUUGCCUGUGCCCUUUAUCCAACUGAUCAAGACUUCCUGGAUUCAGUGAGAGCAGAAGUUUCUUACCAGAUCAAGAGACUGAAAUCUCAUCCCUCUAUCAUCAUAUGGAGUGGCAAUAAUGAAAAUGAGGCAGCGCUGAUGAUGAAUUGGUAUCAUAUCAAUUUCACUGACCGGCCAACCUAUAUCAAGGACUAUGUGACACUCUAUGUGAAAAACAUCAGAGAGCUUGUAUUGGCAGGAGACAAGAGUCGUCCUUUUAUUACAUCCAGUCCUACAAAUGGGGCUGAAACUGUUGCAGAAGGCUGGGUCUCUCAGAACCCUUAUAGCAAUUAUUUUGGUGAUGUACAUUUUUAUGACUAUAUCAGUGAUUGCUGGAACUGGAAAGUUUUCCCAAAAGCUCGAUUUGCAUCUGAAUAUGGGUAUCAGUCCUGGCCAUCCUUCAGUACAUUAGAAAAGGUCUCAUCUACAGAGGACUGGUCUUUCAAUAGCAAGUUUUCACUUCAUCGACAACAUCACGCAGAUGGUAACAAACAAAUGCUUCAUCAGGCUGGACUUCAUUUCAAACUCCCCCAAAGCACAGAUCCAUUACGCACAUUUAAAGAUACCAUCUACCUUACUCAGGUGAUGCAGGCCCAGUGUGUCAAAACAGAAACUGAAUUCUACCUCCGCAGUCGCAGUGAGAUAGUGGAUCAGCAAGGGCACACCAUGGGGGCACUUUAUUGGCAGUUGAAUGACAUCUGGCAAGCUCCUUCCUGGGCUUCUCUUGAGUACGGAGGAAAGUGGAAAAUGCUUCAUUACUUUGCUCAGAAUUUCUUUGCUCCACUGCUGCCAGUAGGCUUUGAGAAUGAAAACAUAUUCUAUAUCUAUGGUGUGUCAGAUCUUCACUCGGAUUAUACGAUGACACUCACUGUGAGAGUCCAUACUUGGCAUUCCCUGGAGCCCGUGUGCUCUCGUGUGACUGAACAUUUUGUGAUGAAAGCAGGAGAGGCUGUCUGCCUCUAUGAGGAACCAGUGUCUGAAUUGCUGAGGAGAUGUGGGAAUUGCACACGGGAAAGCUGUGUGGUUUCCUUUUACCUUUCAGCUGACCAUGAACUCCUGAGCCCGACCAACUACCACUUCCUGUCCUCACUGAAGGAGGCCAUGGGGCUCUGCAAGGCACAGAUCACUGCCAUCAUCUCUCAGCAAGGUGACAUAUUUGUUUUUGAUCUGGAGACUUCAGCUGUCGCUCCCUUUGUUUGGUUGGAUGUAGGAAGCAUCCCAGGGAGAUUUAGUGACAAUGGUUUCCUCAUGACUGAGAAGACACAAACUAUAUUAUUUUACCCUUGGGAGCCCACCAGCAAGAGUGAGUUGGAGCAAUCUUUUCAUGUGACCUCCUUAACAGAUAUUUACUGAAGGAAUCUAGGUUGUAUUUUCAGUGGACAAGGGAAAUAAAGCAUUUCUAAAGAACUGGUUGGAGAGGAAGACAACAGAGACAAGGAGAGAAGCCGAGAGACACGUCUGCUUGCUGCCACGCCUCUGAGCGAUUGGUCUGUGAAGAGUUGUACACUGAACAAUUUCAGGGGAAGCUGUUAACCCAGGCGAUAUCCUCAAACAAGCCUGUGCCUGGGAGUCCUGGAAUCUGUGCUGGGACUGUGUUUUUAGCCCUUCACCUCUCAGCUUUAGCAAGACAUGGACUCGUUAUAAUAAGAUGGCCCUGCAGGGGGUCACAAGAAUGUGACAUGGCAGGAUCCGUGGAACCAAAGGGAAGGUUUCCAGGUGAUAGAGGUUUCAUAGUUGGCUUUGGGGCAUACUGAAUUCUCAAAUGAAGUGCUUUGUCCUUAUUUCAGAGGGAAAUGGAGGUUGAAAUGUUACAACAAAGAUUUCUUGGUGGUAGCCAUGUUGAUAGACAAUUUAGGAGGUUGAUUGUUGCUAUUUGAUUACUUUUUGGGGUAGGACACUUUUUUCAUUUAUGGGUUUUGUUAUAAGAUAUUGUUUUAACAACAACUUCUUUUUUUAAAGGCUGAUAGAGUGAUCUUCCUUUGAAAAAUAUGCUCACAUGGAAAUGAAUGUCACUGAUAUUACUGGAAAUUUCUGGGGGUCCUGACAUUGGUCAUCACCUAUGAUAGUGUGUGGGCUUUACACUUUUCUAAAUCCAAUAUGCUUUCCAAUGCAAAGCCUGCAAAUUGGAUUUAAACUUGUGGACCAUGGCAGCAAAAUGGUGUUCCUUUUAGCUUGAGUUUAAAUAAUUUUAUUUAUAUCGACUAAUUUUAAAUUGCAAUAGAAUUGUCUUAUUAUACAUUACUAUGUUUAUAAAAUUACAUUGAUGAUAAUGCAAAUGAGGCAAAAUGUUAAUAAGUAGCUAUUUGGGUAAAGGUAUAUGGGUAUUUUUCUAUAAGUGUGAAAUUACAUAAAAAUAAAAAUUACAUACAUUACAUUGACAA